AUUCUUCAAUUGCAGAGCAUUUAUAACAAAGAUAUGUCUGAUAAAGAAUCAUUACCAGAAUCCGUGACUUCCUUGUUGAAGACCACCAGAUUUAUUCAUUUGGCAACUUCUUUCAAGGAUGUUCCUCAUGUAUCCUUAAUGAAUUAUACUUAUUAUCAUACAGAAAAUAAUGAUUAUAUUAUUAUAUCUACUCCAAAGGAUACUACCAAAUAUAAUAAUAUAUUACAAAAUCCCAAUGUGUCUAUAUUGAUUCAUGAUUGGAUCUCAGUUAAAAAUGGAAGUACUGAAGCCGAAUCUGUAUCUACCAAAAGAAGAAAUUCACUUUAUGAAUUAUUAGCUAAUUUGAAUAAGAAUGAAAUUAGUAGAGUAUCUGUAAUGCUUGAUGGUAAGGCUAAUGUUAUAGAUGAAACUAAUGAAUCUUAUGACUUUUAUAAAUCGUUGCAUUUGAAUAAUUCUAAAAUUGAUGAGAUUCAAUCAAAAAAUUAUAUUGAGAGUAAUGAUAAUGCAAUUAUUCUUAUCACCAUAAAGGCGUGUAAAGUUACUGAUACUGAAAAUAAUAUUGCCGAAUAUUAAGAUUGUUUAUAUUUUACUUAGGAAUAUAGUCAACUAGUUCAGUCCUAAUUAAAUGUACAAAGUCUAUUUAUGUUUUGA